CCUCCGACGACGCCCAUGGUGGAUGGCGAUGCUCCGUCCAUCCAUGGCUUCCCUCACACAUGUGUCGAUUUCGCCGCCGCGGCGCGCCGGCACGUCGCCCUCAGGCACGUUUGCCCCGUGCGCAAGAUAGGCGCGCACAACUACCGUCCGCUUCACGGCAGCACCCGGCGAAGAAAGGAAGAAAGAAACAGGGCCAUACAAAAACGAUAUACGUCGCGGUCGCGCACGCGUAUAUAUGCGCACCACACGCGCGCUCGGCCUCCACACCCACCCGCAACGCAAGCCGCCGGCCUCGGCUUUGUUCGUCCUCGACCGAUCGCCACGCCGCGCCGCCGUCCGAUGGGCGUCCACGCGCGCGCCGUGCUGCUGGCCGUAGUCGCCGCGCUGUGGUGCCGUGCCUCGGGCUCGGAGGCGGGCGGCGCCGACGUGCUGAGUCGGGCGAAGCGGCCCGAGUUCGCGGCGUGGAUGGCCGGCGUGAGGAGGGCCAUCCACGAGCGGCCCGAGCUGGCGUUCGAGGAGCACGAGACGAGCAGGCUGGUGAGGAGGGAGCUGGACGGCAUGGGCGUGCGGUACGAGCACCCGGUCGCCGGCACCGGCGUCGUGGCGGCCGUUGGCACCGGGCGCCCGCCCUUCGUCGCGCUGCGCGCCGACAUGGACGCGCUCCCGCUGCAGGAGGAAGUGGAGUGGGAGCACCGGAGCAAGGUGGGCGGGAAGAUGCACGCCUGCGGCCACGACGCGCACACGGCGAUGCUGCUGGGCGCCGCCAGGAUCCUCCACGAGCACCGCAACGACCUGCAGGUCACUGCCCCUCCCUCCUCCUCCUGCUGCUUGACUACCAUGAACAAACUGUCACCAACUCACCAUGGAGCAGUCAGCUCGAUUCUCUAGCUGCCAACUGCCUCAUUCGAAACCAUUAAUCAGCUAGCGUUGGACUCGGCCGCUCAACAGAUUUCGCACGAUGGGCCAUGCGCGGCUCUAUUCAGAAACAGUUAGCGGCAGCACCAUUAGUUUGUUGCGCCGUCCUUUUCCGGGCGGAUUCCUCAGAUAUUUCUGUUCCAGGCUCGGGCAAGAUCACUCGCUCUCAUUUCAAAGGCCCCCUCGUCCUCUCCAUCUCACCGGUUUUGUUUCUUUCGAGCAACGAGACGGCCUCUUUUCGACAAAGAAACAAAAGAUGAUCUAGUGUCAAGAUCCGCUUUUGUCUCAUCGAGCAGCCCUUUUGAAUUCCCAAUGGUAAUGGACGGGAUGAUUUUGUAAUCAUUUAUCGUGGACCAUCCUCGAGCAGUCGGCCUGCACUGCACCGCUGAUUAUAAACUUUGACGGAGCACACUUGGUAGACCGUCACGUAGCAUUUUCAUUGGGACACGUCAGACGUCUCUUUCAACCUUUGCAGUGACCCACGGGCUGGCGUCGAGGGAGUCUGUGGGUCGAGGAGGGCCACAAGAAGCUUUGUUUCUUUUCCUGCUUCGGGCAGUGUUAGCUCGACCAACGGGAUAUAUUGCAAUGAUCUUGACUUGGCCAGGAGUAACUUAUACUAGUGUCAUGCAUAUGACAUUAGUCUAAAUUACUACCUUCAUAGUGUAAAGUAACAUAAUAGUAGUGUCAUAAAGGACUUCAUUAAUUA